UCGUUUACGCGUUUUGAUGACGUCACUAGAAGGCCGCCUUUAUUUUGCGUAACUUCCCACGGUACUUCCUUUUCAUCGUAGCAAGGCGAGAGGGACAAGCCGCUAAAAUGAGUAAGGUUUCCAGGGAUACGCUGUAUGAAGCCGUAAGAGAGGUCCUGCAGGGCUCUUUGUCCAAGCAAAGGAAGUUUGUGGAGUCGGUGGAGCUUCAGAUCAGCUUGAAAAACUAUGACCCCCAGAAGGACAAGCGUUUCUCCGGCACUGUCAGGCUGAAGACUCUCCCCAGGCCCAAGUUCUCUGUUUGCGUCCUGGGAGACCAGCAGCACUGUGACGAGGCCAAAGCUGCUGAACUGCCACACAUGGACAUCGAGGCUCUCAAGAAGCUCAAUAAGAACAAGAAGCUUGUCAAGAAGCUCGCCAAGAAGUACGAUGCCUCUGCCUCUGAGUCUCUGAUCAAGCAGAUCCCUCGUAUCUUGGGCCCUGGGCUGAACAAGGCCGGCAAGUUCCCCUCCCUGCUCACACACAACGAAAACAUGACUACCAAGGUGGACGAGGUCAAAUCCACCAUCAAAUUCCAGAUGAAGAAGGUGCUCUGUCUGGCUGUAGCUGUAGGACACGUCAAGAUGACAGAGGAUGAGCUUGUGUACAACAUCCACCUGGCUGUCAACUUCCUGGUGUCUCUUCUGAAGAAGAACUGGCAGAACGUGCGAGCCCUCUACGUCAAGAGCACCAUGGGCAAACCCCAACGCCUCUAUUAAAUUUACAGCUUUUCUAUCAAUAAAAUGUGGAGAUGCUCCGAAGUUGA